CGCCCCCUUCCACCACAAGUUACGUGCUUACGAUCAGACUUGGUUUGCUUGGGGUUUCGAUGUCGCAUUUACGAGCUUGAACUCGCUCACCCAGAUGCGUUCGAGCAGCGGGAAUUCGGUCUCCCCAGCACGAAGCUUUGACAGUGACGAUAAUAGUGUCGCCGAGAUAGGGGCGACUUCUUCGACGUACACUUCCGCUUUACGAACGCACUCGCGGCGGUGCGGGUUUCCAGAGUGCCAGAAGACAGCCAAGCGUGGUGGACUCUGUAUCUCGCACGGUGGAGGCAAAAAAUGUGCGGUCAAGGGCUGCACUACCAGUGUUGUCAGUCGGGGAUUCUGUGUCGCCCAUGGCGGAGGGAAGCGAUGCCAGGCUCAGGGUUGUACCAAAAGUGCUCAAACCGGAGGAUUCUGCUGGAUCCACGGCGGAGGGAAGAAGUGUGGGUACCAGGGCUGUAAGAAGCGAGCACAGAGCGGCGGUGCCUGUAUUUCACACGGAGGAGGCAAGCGGUGUCGAAUGGAAGGGUGCAACAAGGUGGUGCAGUACGACGGACUUUGUGUAGGCCAUGGUGGCUAUCGUAAAUGCUUAUCGCUUAAUUGUGACAAACGUGCAUUGGCAAACAGCUAUUGUCAAGCUCAUGGGGGCAACUCGAUUUGCCAUAUCACUGACUGCCAGAAGCGUGCCAUUCGCGGUGGUGUCUGCUCCGAGCACAAGGCUCAAUUGUCACCCAAACCGAGUGUGGUAUUUGCGCGUUGUAGACCGUCAAUCGAUCUUCCGGAGACUCUAUUCAAGGUUGAACCCACAGAAGUGGGUGGUCCUGGCCAAGACCAAAGCAACGGAUACCACACACCAGUAUACACGAAUUCUACAACUCCCGCGACGUAUACCCCCUCGAGUGACCUAGACAUGGUGUCGUUUCAAUACGUUCGACAAGGAUCGUCGUCUUUACUGGACGGGAGGACGAUGGUAACCCCUAUUUCGAAGCGCUUCAAUGCCGGCAAAAGCUACGAUCCCUUCGAGCGAAAGAACGUUCCGGUGUUACCAAGCUUCCAAACGCUGCAAAGGAGCUGUAGCUCGUCUCCGUGGUCCGAGGGAUCCAACAUGGACUGAUCUAAGCCUACGUCGAUGCCGAACGAAGGCAUCGAGGACUCGACGACGUGCGAUGAUCCGCCAAGUAAAAUAGUCAAACUACGAUACCCUAGUCUAGUUCUAUAUCUUGAAAGAGUUAGAAAUCGCAAAACGUAGAAGAUAACGGCGAUUUAGAACACAUCGAAUAAUUUGGAAAGAAAAAUAUGAUGAGGUUGAGGUGGGGA